AAAAUAAAGUUCUGGCGGUGCCUGCCAUAUAUAUAUAACACAACUUGCCGAAAUCUUAAAGUGCAUAUAAUACUAAGUUUACAAAAAUAUUAUUAUUAAUAGUUUUAAAACAGCUUUUAGAAGUUUCAUAAUAUAAACUGAUAUCUCUAAUCUCUAAAAAAAAGAAUAAGUAAAUAGCCAUUACGCUUGCAGGAUGACAAAAUACAAUUUAACCUAAAAUUGUAAAAUUUAUUAGAAACUAAUUAUUUUGAACAAUGUCAAAUCGAGAAACAAGUACAGAUUGUGAGAGGAUGAGCAAUCCUUUUGAAAACAAGAGUAUUGACUUGGAUUCUUAUAGAAAACUAGUAAAACAUUACAUUGAUUUGCAUUUGUACAGUGCAGCCUUAUUCUGGGCAGAUAAAGUUCUUUCAUUAAGUAAUGACAAUUUAAAAGAUGUGUGUGUUUUAGCACAAUGUAUGUAUUUGAUGAAGCAGUAUCACAGGGCUGCUCAUCUAAUAAGAAGCCGAGGUCUCGAAGAAAAAAAUGUUAUGUGUCAUUAUUUAGUUAUUCGCUCUCUUCUUGAAGCCAAAGAAUUCACAGAGGCUGUUCAAGUGAUCAAUGAUUUUGAAACAUUGACAGAUAUUGAUCGGUCAACCACAAGCUUUAUUGAAGAUCACUCUAUUGCACUUGAUGAUGCUCCAAAAAAUGUACAAAGUGCUAUCUUAUAUGUUAAGGGAAGAGUUUAUGAGGCUUUGGAUAACCGAGCAGUGGCAACUGAAUGUUAUAAACAGUCACUAAAUUGCGAUGUUUACUCAUAUCAAGCUUUCGAAGCUUUGGUACAAAAUCAAAUGCUUUCUGCUGCCGAAGAGAGAGAAUUAUUAGAUUCUUUACCAUUUUCUGAGCAAUGUAAAGAAGCUGACGCAGAGCUAUUAAAACUGUUUUAUGAAAGCAAACUAAAAAAAUAUCAAGCACCAGUAAAACAUCACUUACUUGUAUCUUGUGGAGCACUUGUCACAGAUCGAUUGAAGGAUAAUUUAGAUAUGAAAGUUGCUGAAGCUGAAAGAUUGUAUUAUAACUGCGAUUAUCAUCAAUGCUUUUCAUUGACAGAAAGAAUAUUGAAAACUGAUCCUUACCAUAAUGGCUGUUUACCUGUUCAUAUAGCUUGUUUAGUUGAAUUAAAAAAGACAAACGCUUUAUUUUAUUUGGCACAUAAAUUAGUAGAUUUAUAUCCUGAUUUAGCUUUAUCCUGGUUUGCUGUUGGAUGUUAUUAUUAUAGUAUAGGUAAAAGUGAUCCAGCAAGAAGGUAUUUAGCAAAAGCUACUUCACUGGACCGAUUAUUUGGGCCUGCUUGGCUUGCAUAUGGUCAUUCAUUUGCUGUUGAAAAUGAGCAUGAUCAAGCAAUGGCUGCUUAUUUUAAAGCUUCACAAUUGAUGAAGGGUUGCCAUUUACCAUUGCUUUACAUUGGACUUGAAUGUGGUCUUACAAAUAAUUUAAAAUUGGCAGACAAGUUUUUUCAACAAGCCCAAAGUAUUGCUCCAGAUGAUCCAUUUGUUAUUCACGAGACUGCUGUUAUAGCAUUUUAUAAUUUAGAUUUUAAAACUGCUGAAAAGCAGUUUAAAGAAGCAAUGAAAAAAAUACAGAAUGGAUUAAAAGAUGUUAUUCUUCCUAAUAAAUGGGAAUCAUUACUAAAUAAUUUAGGACAUACUUGUAGAAAAAUGAAAAAGUAUGAAGAAGCAUUGGAUUAUCAUCAGCAAGCGUUAGUCUUGAAUCCAUUGAAUCCAGCAACAUAUUCAGCAAUUGGUUUUAUCCAUGCGUUAAUGGGCAAUACACAAGAAGCUAUUGAUGCAUGUCACAGAGCUUUGGGUCUUCGUCGUGAUGACACUUUCACAACGACGUUACUAGGAUUUGUCAUGGAGCAAUUUAUUAAUGAGUGUCCUCCAUUUCCAGAUGCACCAUUAGAUAUACCAAAAUAUCAAACGAGUGAAUCACAAAAGAAAGCAGAUCAGUCAGCAGAUAAUUCAACAGCUACAGAAGGUCAAGAUCAACAAAUGAAUAAGUUAAGGGUGAACUUGUUUUCUGCAUGGGGUGAGAAUUCUACAAAGAAUGAAGAAUUUUCAAUAAAUGAACUAAGCUCUGAGGUAGAAAUGUUGGACUCCUCCAAUAUGAAACAAGAAUGAAUAAAGACUUAAAUUUUGUAUGGUUUAUGUAAUAUUGUACGUAUUGUUUUUUUAUUAAAAGAAUCAAAAAUAUUGUUGGAUUUCAAAUAAGAUCUUGUCAAGUGCUUUAAGAAGUAUAAAUUUGAAAUAUAUCAAAUCAAA